AUGGAUACUGCUACUACGCCGGCCGGAAAGGGAAUCACGGCGGCGAAGCAGCAGAAAGAGGACCUUGAGUUCCUGUGGAAGUGGCGCAAGUAUCUGCUGCUGCUUGGCACGCUGGUCGCCAGCGUGACCUACGCGGCCGGGCUCAACCCGCCGGGCGGCGUCAGGUCCGACGAGGUCCCGCCGCUGCCGGCGGCCUACCCGGACCGCGUCGGCGACCCGGUGCUCCUCACCACCAACGAGCGCCGCUACACCGCCUUCUUCUACUGCAACGCCGCCGCCUUCAUCGCGUCCCUGGUCGUCAUCAUGUUCCUGCUCGACCGGCGCAUCAGCGACAACAGCGUCGGCCUCACCGUGCUUCGCUCCGCCAUGCUGCUCGACCUGCUUGCCCUCAUGGCCGCCUUCACUGCCGGGAGCUGCCGCGACGUGGCCGCGUCCGCCUACGUCUCGGCGCUCUUCGCGCUCGUCUUCGCCUGCGUUGCCGUCCACGUCCACGUGCACAAAGCCCGGGAAAAGCAGGCGGCCGCCACAUCCCUCGCGGACAAAGCUCGGGGAGAGCCGGCGGCUGCCACAUCCCCCUCGGACAAAGCCCGGGGAGAGCCGGCGGCCGCCACAUCCCCCAUGGAGAAAGCCGGGGAAAGGCCGGCGGCCGCCACCACAUCCCGCGCGGACAAGUUCCUGCUGCUGCUCGCCACCUUCGCGACGCCGCUGACGUACGGCGCGGGGCUGGUGCCGCCGGGAGGCUUCUGGAGCCAGACCGAGGCUGGGCACCUCGCCGGCGCCCCGCUGCUGCACGACGGGCCCUACAAGAUCCGCUACAACGUCUUCUUCUACGCCAAUGCCAACUCCUUCGUGGCGUCCCUUGCCAUCAUCAUGCUGCUGAUGAGCCGGACGCUGAUGAGCGGCAGCCUCGCCCGGUCGCACGCUCUGCCGGUGUGCGUCCUGGUGGAGCUGCUCGGCCUGAUGGCCGCCUUCGCCGCCGGGAGCUGCAGGAGGAUCGACACCACCGUGUACGUCGUGUGCCUCGCUGGCUUGGUGCUCCUCAGCAUUGUGCUACAGGCGAAGGCCAUGUACACGUUCGAGCAAUGGCGUGCAUACGUGCGCCGCGCGCUCACGUGCGCCAACUUGGAGCUAGAACAAGAGCCGGACACGCCGCCGGGUAAUUCUCGAGGUGACUCCGGCGAGGUCCGUGUGGACAGGACAAGCACCAUCCAAAAUUGGCAGGUAGACAAGGUGGAGGAGUCACGGUCACUUCUACUCCUGCUGGCCACCCUCGCGGCGACGGUGACCUACCAGGCGGGGCUGAGCCCGCCGGGCGGCGUGUGGCCGGACAACCACGACCCGGGGCAUCCGGAUCACAUCCCCGGGAACCCGAUCCUCCUCGACAUGCACCCCAAGAGGUACAAGGUGUUCUACUACUGCAACACGGCGGCGUUCGUGGCGUCGGUGGUCAUCAUCAUCAUCGUCCAGAGCAAGGAGCUGAGCUCGCCCGCCACCAUCAGACGUGCCGCGCUCAAGACAGCCAUGGUACUGAACCUAUUCGGCCUCAUGGGCGCCUACGUCGCCGGGAGCUUCCGGGACGCCCCCACGACCAUCUACGUCUUUUCCCUGGCCGUCGCCGUCUUUGUCUACUCCAUCAUCAAGGUGGUGGCGUACACCCAUGGACAGAGCGGGCGGAUGGAGUGGAUGCACCGCAUGUCGGACAGGCUCGCGAAGCUGCUGCGUCUAUCUGACGGCCAACCCGGGUCCGAGCCCGAGGGCAGUGAAGAAGAUCGCAAAAGGCUCGAGAGGAGGCGCAAGUUCUUGCUGCAGCUUGCCAUCCUCGCCGCUACCGUGACUUACCAAAUCGGUCUGAACCCGCCAGGAGGGUUUUGGCCGGAGAGCAAAGGCGAGGGGUCGCUUAUCGCCGGCGACCCUGUCCUCCUUGACCACUACUCGAUCAGGUACCAGGUGUUCUUCUAUUGCAAUGCGACGGGAUUCAUGGCGUCCAUCACCGUCAUCCUCCUGCUGGUGAACCAGAGGCUGUACGAGCAGGGCAUCCGGAGCAAUGCGCUCCGCGUCUGCGUCAUGGUCGGGCUUCUAGGUCUCAUGGGAGCUUACGCAGCCGGCAGCUGCCGGCAACUGCGGACCUCCAUCUAUGUCUUUGCGCUCGUGGCCGCGGUGGUCACCUUCCUCGUCCUGCAGACCCUACUUUUCGUGUCGGCGGGGAGAGUCAAUUGUUCAAAGUUGCCGCCAUGGCUUCCCGAGCGGCUAAAGCGGUUGUUCGAGCCCCUAGGAUCAUCGCCGUCAUGGCUGUCCACCCGAAACAAAGGUGAUGAUGAACAGUACGCGAAACGCAAGUACCUGAUGCUGCUCGGCAUCCUUGGAGCGAGCGUGACGUACCAGGCGGGUCUCGCGCCUCCUGGCGGCACAUGGGGCGACGACGAUACCGUGUCGUCCCCAUCGCCGUCGCCGCCCCCAUCAGCAAGCCCACCCAACGUCGCCGGCAACCCGAUCCUGCUUCACUCCAACCCGGCACGGUACCAGGCCUUCUUCUACUGCAACGCGACGUCGUUCAUGGCCUCCAUCGUCGUCAUCAUGCUGCUGCUGCUGCAGUACACCGUGAAGAAGCAAUACGCCGUGAAAAAGAGCGCCGCGCCGCUGUGGGCGCUGCAGGCCGCUGUGGUGUUGGACCUGUUCGGCCUGCUAGGCGCCUACACCGCCGGCAGCUGCAGGGACUGGGAGACAUCCGCGUGCGUCAUCGCGCUCGUCGGCGCCGUGGUCGUCUUCAUCACGAUCUAUGCGCUGCUGUCGUUCGAGGACGUGCGAGGGAAGGUAAAGGAGCUCCUGGUGUGCAAGUACUUUUCUAACAUGAUGGAGAAACGGGUGUGGAAGCCCUUGGGAGUUAGCAAUGGUGACGAUGAUCAGUCGGCCGCAAUCGGUAGCAGCGUGUAAUCAAUUGAUUCUUCUUGUUUAUUACAUUCCCUUGAUUUGUUAUUUCUUACUAUUUGUCAGCAUAACAAUGCAGAUGAACCAACAACUUUGUAUGGUUCAUGUUACAUCUAAUGUAGUCCUGAUAAAUAGACAAACCAAAA